AUGAUGAUGCACAUAAACGGUAAAGAUCGGUGCAGUUUUGAGUGAUGCGAAAUUUGAGUGAUGCGAAAUCUGGUAAUUAAUGAUCUAGAUCGACAAGACAAGGCCAGCGAAGCUCUGGUUCUAAGAAAAACCUUCACAUCGAACAAAAAUGGCGUUCGAGAUACCAUAUGACCAGAUUAGAGAACUCCAGAUCUCAUUACGUAAGGAGGCCGGUUUCGCGUCCUAUAACCCAGACGUCUCCGAACUUCCAGAUUUGCCCUCGCUUAAAGACGCAAUUUCCGAGCUUGACCCUUCUCCUGCAUAUCUUCGAUGCAAGCACUGUAAAGGCAGGCUUCUAAGAGGCAUCAAUUCGGGAAUAUGUGUGUUUUGCGGUAGACAACAGAACAAAGAUGCUCCUCCUGACCCGAUCAAGUUUACUUCUACUUUUGGUUGCCGUUGGUUUCUUCAGUCUCUUGACUUGGAUGGAUCGGAGCUUGUGGCACCGUCAAUUGAAGCAAACGAAUCUAACAGAGGACAGAAUACACCGGAAAUUGAGUUCCCUUUAUCUGAUCUUUUAGAUUUAGAAAUAAGAUGGCCUACUGAGCCUGAGAGAUUUGAGACUGGUUUUGUUGAAAAGAAUCCUGCCCGGCAUUUGAGUACUCUGAAUUUUUCAGGAGUUAAUCUCAACAACUCUUUUACUGAAGCAAAGGUAGAUUCUGUUUCUGCAGCUACUGAGGAACAUUUUGCAGUAAACAAAACAGAAGAUGCUACUGGAAGUAAUGUCUCUGAAGGUCACAGGAAUCUUAACUUGUUUGAAAAUGUCCAGCCUUUUGAGACAGUUGCUGCAAUGUCCAAGGAAGAUGAAAGCAGCAACUCCUUCUCUGGUUGGGAGGCUGAUUUUCAAUCAGCUAGUUCUGGAACCCAACUACAGAAACCUAAUUUAUCUGAUCCCUUUGUGGGAUCAUCUUCCAUUGAUCUUUCUUCCCAUAUGGAUGCGGUCUUUGGAUCUGGAAAAGAUUUAUUUAAUGAAAAAACAAAGGAAAAUAUAACUACUGCAUCCAACAGGAAUGACUGGUUUGAAGGUGAUCUAUGGAGUAAUCCCAAUGCUGGGGUAGCUGUCCGGCAUGAUGAGAUUUUAGUGCCCAUGAAUGAUAAGGAUCAUAGAAUUAUAGAGAACACAGUUACUUCUUCUUCCACAAGUAUUGAUUGGAUUCAAGACAGUCAAUGGCAAACUGCCACCAGCAGUAGCAAAGCAACUGAUAAUAGGACCAUUGAUGAAGAAGAUGAUACAUUUGAUGCUUGGAAUGAAUUUACAAGUUCAAGUAGUGUACAAGUUGCUUAUAGUAAUACUUUGCAACAAGAUGUUAAUCGCGCAGUGUCCUCUGUUGAGCGGGCAUCAGAAAGUUUGUUCAGUGGAACUGAUAACUCAAAGGAUGUUGAUUUUGAUAGCUUUUCGCAGCCAGAUUUUUUUUCAGCAACUUCUAACAAUCAAAAUGGAUCUGCAGAAGUGAGUACUAUGGUACCAGAUUCUGUUUCAGAUAGCAUAGCUAGCAUGAAAGAAAGAGAAGAAGGAAGUAGCGAAGAAGUAGUAAACAUUGGAAAAGUUUCCAAUGAAAAUGCAAAGUCAAUAUUUGAUGCUGAGACAUUGAUGUCACAGAUGCAUGAUCUCUCCUUUAUGCUUGCGAGGGAUCUCUCAAUACCAGAAAAAAAAGAUCCACAAAAGACAGAUCCAUUUAAUUCAUUUUCUAAAGAUUAACUUAGUUGUCUUUCUGAUGUUCUUGUGAUACAUAAUGUUGUUUGAUCCAGAUUACAAUUUUAAUUUUUGAUAUCUAUAUUCUUUAUUGUUAUUAUUAUUUUCUUCUUUUAUAAAGAAUCUAUAUGGUGUUUUUUUUUUCUGAUCAUUUCUUUAAUUUCUAAG